UUCUUGUUGCUUGUUGUAAGUUAUAACUGCUCCUACCCCACGUAUACGUAAUACUAGCCAUAUAUAAAAGGGCAGGCAACAAACCCACACGCCACCGUCCAAACCUUUAUAUCGCACCUCGUGCAAAAGAAAAGAGAAAAAAAAAACAUAGUACCUCGUGAGAUCUGUCUACUGCAAACACAAGAUCUCUCUCUCGAUCGGUCACCCAGCUCAACGAUCCAUUGAUCAUUCAAUCAAUUUGCAGUUUUGUAUACGGCACAUGGAUCCUAAUGCUGUGCAUGUCCAAAUGCCGGCCGAUGACCUCGAAGCGUGCUGUGGCGAUGAUAAGAAGCAGCCACAGGAGAUCAUCGCCGAGCACGCGGCCGUUAGGCCGAUCCGGCCACCGGUGGAUAAGACACUAUCGGGCGCGUCAGACCUGCUGAAACUCCUGCCGACGGGCACGGUGCUGGCGUUCCAGGCUCUGGCGCCGUCCUUCAGCAACCACGGUGUCUGCCACGCCGCAGCCAACCGGUACCUUGUCCUGGCGCUCAUCUGCGCUUGCGCGGCCUCCUGCGUGCUCCUCUCCUUCACGGACAGCCUUGUCGGCCGCGACGGCCAGCUCUACUACGGCGUGGCCACGCUCCGCGGGUUCCGCCCUUUUAACUUCGCCGGCACGCGGGACGAGCGGGACGCCGUGUUCAAGGACCUGUCCAGGUUCAGGAUCACGGCGCUCGACUUCGUCCACGCCUUCUUCUCGGCGUUGGUGUUCAUGGCCGUCGCCUUCGCCGACGCGGCCGUGCAGACGUGCCUCUUCCCGGACGCUGGGCCAGACAUGAGAGAGCUGCUGGUGAACCUACCGCUUGGAGCUGGGUUCCUGUCCAGCAUGGUGUUUAUGAUCUUCCCAACGACCAGGAAGAGCAUCGGCUACACGGAUAUGACACCCCACUCUCAGUGAUCGAAAUUUGAUUCACUCAAUCAAUACAGGCAUGCAGUCUUAAAAAAUGUAAUCAUGCAUACAUACACUACACCGUACUCCGUUGAUAUAUAACGGCCUGGAACUUCAAACCGCGAUGAAAUAGUUGAACAAGUGGUUAAAUUGUCGGGCCGAAAUUUUCUAAAACAUUGCAUCUAGAGCUGGGACUCGGGCCGGGUACGGCCCAUCGUGCUUCGUGCCAAAAUUAGUCGUGUUGGCCCGGCCCCACUUACUCCCCGUGUCGUGCCGUGCAGGCACACGAGGGUGAUGUCAUGGCCCAAGCACGGCCCAGAAGCAUGUCGUGCAUGUUUGGGUUGUUUGGGCCAUGCCGGCCCAAGCACGGCCCAGUACAGGUUAUUAAGUCUGCUGUCGUAUUGUCAUGUCAUAUUACGGUGAUCCAUACGUCAAAGACAUUAAUCCACCAAUGUCGGGUCGUGUCAAAGCAAUGAACUAGAGGAAUCACACGAUCGACAAAGUGGUUGUGUCCAUGUGAGUGCAUGACAAUAUCAGUGAGACAGGCAUGCUGAGUUGCACAUAGAUAUUGCAUUAACAUGACUAAUGGCCGGUCUAGAAAUAAAAUCAACCUAUUGUGGA